AUGUCGAAGCCAACAGAUCAGACCACUGAUCACUCCAGAUGGAGACUCCGCAAUGAUCGGGGAACCCAGACAUGGCACUACCUACGAACAGACAAGGAGGUAGAAGAGUGGCCGCAGACCACUGCGGAUAGAUAUUUCCUCAAUCUGCCUUUGGAUCUUCCAGAGUUACCACCGGCCAAAACUCCCUUACAGUCUGCGUCCAAUGGCUUGGAGUUCUUUUCGAAGCUUCAAUUGGAACCGGGGAACUGGGGUUGUGAGUAUGGUGGGCCUAUGUUCCUCCUACCUGGUCUCAUCGUCACUUGGUAUGUGACGCACACCCCCGUACCUCCGGAAUUCUCAAUUGAGAUCAAGAGAUAUCUCUUUGCGCGACAGCACCCGGAGGACGGUGGGUGGGGUCUUCAUGUCGAGGGUCACAGCUCGGUGUUCGGCACCGCUAUGAAUUAUGUUGCCUUGCGGCUUCUAGGAGCCAGUCCAAAGGAUCCUCGGAUGGUAAAAGCACGGAGUAAGCUACAUGAACUAGGAGGUGCCCUCUAUGGCCCUCACUGGGCUAAGUUCUGGCUCUGUGUCUUGGGAGUUAUGGGAUGGGAAUCACUUAACCCGGUUCCCCCCGAGUUAUGGCUACUGCCCGAUUGGGUUCCAUUCGCUCCAUGGCGAUGGUGGGUUCAUAUGCGACAGGUCUUCCUUCCGAUGACCUAUGUCUAUUCUAAACGGUUCACCCACCCGGCCGACUCGCUCACACGCGAAAUACGAGAGGAAAUCUACACCCAGCCCUACGAUUCUAUCAAUUUCGCAGAGUUCAGGGGUAGUAUCGCAGACGCAGAUAAUUACCACCCAAAAUCAGCUCUCCUGAAGAUCCUCUUCUGGAUUCUAGCUAAUAUAUGGGUUUAUCUGCGUUGGCCGGGCCUUGUAAAGGCGGCUGAGGCCAGGGUUUGGCAUCUUAUUGAACGAGAGGAUGAGAACACCGAUUAUGCAUGUCUUGGCCCUGUCAACGCUCCAAUGAAUACUCUUUGCUGUUACAUCCAUGAUGGACCGCAGAGCCACUCUUUCCGUCGUCACCUUGAACGUUUACAUGACUUCUUAUGGAUGAAAGAUGAGGGGAUGUUAAUGAAUGGUACCAAUGGGGUUCAGUUAUGGGAUACUGCUUUCGUAAUUCAGGCUGUGGUUGUCGCUGGCCUUGCUGAGGAACCAAAAUGGAAACCAAUGUUAUUGAAAGCUCUUGAAUUUGUGGAAGAUCAUCAAAUGCAAGAAAGCAUUCCCGAGCAAGACGAAUGUUAUCGAUUCGAAACCAAGGGAGCAUGGCCAUUUAGCACCAAGGCCCAGGGAUAUACUGUUAGUGAUUGCACGGCAGAAGGUCUUCGAUCCGCCCUCCAGCUUCAAAAGCAGCUUGGCUAUCCAGCCCUGAUAUCUGAUCGGCGUUUGAAGGAUGCUGUGGAUACCCUUCUCAAAAUGCCUAACCCCAGUGGAGGAUUCCCCGAGUAUGAACCUGCCAGAGCUUCGGAAUACGUCGAAAUGCUCAAUGCUGCUGAGGUGUUUGGCGGCAUCAUGAUAGGCUAUACCUUCCCAGAGUGCACUACAGCCGUUGUCACCGCCUUGUCGUACUUUAGCAAGUUCUUCCCCGACUACAGGACCGAAGAUAUCAAGAAAGUGCGCGAGGCUGCCGUAGACUAUAUCCGACGAGUGCAACGUCCCGAUGGUAGCUGGUACGGCAGCUGGGGCAUUUGCUUCACAUACGCUGCCAUGUUCAGCCUUGAGAGCUUGGCUACCGUGGGAGAAACAUAUGCUACUAGUGAGCGAGCUCGCCGUGGUUGUGAGUUCCUUUUGUCCAAACAGAUGGAAGACGGCGGCUGGGGUGAAUCGUACCUCAGUUGCUCGAAGAAGGUCUAUCACCAUUACAAGACCUCCCAGGUUGUACAAACAUCAUGGGCUUGUCUUGCUUUGAUGGAAGCAGGCUACCCCCAUAAGGAACCGUUGCAGCGAGCCAUGAAACUUCUCAUGUCACGACAACAACCAAAUGGCGAAUGGUUACAAGAUGGCAUUGAGGGGGUAUUUAACAUGUCUUGCAUGAUCACCUAUCCUAACUAUAAGUAUUACUGGCCAAUUCGAGCUCUUGGGCUGUACGCAAAGCAAUUUGGCAACGAGGUGCUCUUCUAG